CACCACACCAAGCAAGACCCUCAGACAGCCGUUCUUGUCGCCUGCGUCGUCACUCGCACCGCCGCACACGCUAUACAUACACCGGCGCACGCGCGCCUGCCUCUCCGCCGCCAUGCCGACGCCCGACCUGCUCUCGUCGCCCACCACCGCCCUCCUCACCCUCGUCAACGUCAGCGCCACAAAGCCGCACAAGCGCCGGCGCUCGCUGCUCGCCGCCUCGCCCGCCACACGCCGCCGCCUGGGACACAGUGCCGCCGAAGCAGACGCAGCGGGCUCCGAGUCUGCACCCAGCGCCGUCGAGCGCCUGCAUGCAAAGGCCAGCGCCGCCGUGCGCGCCGAACGCCGCGGCGAGCUGCCGGCUCUGGCCGGUGCCGAGGCCGAGGUGGAAGAGGCCCUCGAGGCAGCGCACAGCUCUGACGAGGACGACGAUGCCGCGGCUGGCAGCAGUGCCAAGCCCGCCGCGGCCGUGGACGGCUUCGAGGCGCACUUUGCGUCCGAGGGUGCCGGCUGCCAUGCCGAGCUGCUGCAGAGCCGCUUCCCAAACGCGCAGGACGGCGCACUGCCGCUGGAGUGGAGCGAGGGGGCGGACGCGAAGCGCGCAGCUCUGCUUGGAGCAGCAGCACGACGGGCGCGCGUGCAGGGCAUUGAGGAGGUGGAGGCAAAGCCCCACGCGAACGUGCUAGCUGCGCUCAGCAAGCUGCGGUCACAAGCGCCCAUGACGAAGGAGCAGCGCUCGCUGCUGAGCUGCAUCAGCGGCUACGGCGAUCUGCUGCACUCGCACGUGCCGCACUCGCGCCGCGAGCGGGCAGACAUGCGUCAGGUGCUGGCCACGCAUGCCAUGAGCCACCUCACCAAGACUCGCCGGCGGAUUCUGCGCAACAACGAGAAGCUGGCGCGUGCGGCCUCGAACGGCACGGCGCUCGUAGCGCCGCGCGACCAAGGCUUCACUCGGCCUACGCUGCUUGUCCUUGCGCCGCUGCGUUCGACUGCGUACGAGUGGCUGUCGACGCUCUUUGCCCUGUCCGGCUGCGAGCAGAACGACAACCAGUCUCGCUUCGAGCGCGAGUUCGGCCCGGAUCCGCUGCUUGAGGCCGCCGCAUCUGCUGGCGAGUCGACGGGAGACCACGCGCAGAUCUUUGCUGGCAACGCAGACGACAACUUCCGCAUGGGCGUCAAGAUCACGCGCAAGAACUGGCGCGCCUUCAGCGGCUGGUAUGAGAGCGACAUCGUCGUCGCAUCGCCGCUCGGCCUGCGACUGGCGAUUGAGAAGGACAAGGAUGCAGACUUCCUGAGCUCCAUCGAGAUCGUCAUUGGCGAUCAGCUUGACAUCAUGCAGAUGCAGAACUGGGAGCACGUCCAGUACGUCUUCUCGCACCUCUCCGCCAUUCCCAAGGCCUCGCACGACACCGACUUCGCGCGUGUGCGGCAGUGGUACCUCGAUGGCCGCGCACCGCACAUGCGCCAGACGAUCCUGCUCUCGGCAUACGACGCGCCCGAGAUGCGCUCGCUGUGGCGUGGCCUCGUCAAUGUGGCGGGCAAGCGGCGCGCGGGCGUCAAGGAGGAGGGUGUGAUGGGAGAGAUCAGAGAGGGCAUUCGGCAGAACUUCACGCGCUUCGACUGUGCAAAUCUCAACGCCGAGGCCGAUCUGCGCUUCCAGCACUUCACGAACAAGACGCUGCCUCUCCUGCUCAAGUCGGCCGUGAGCGCCACCAAGACGCUGAUCUUCGUGCCCUCGUACUUCGACUUUGUCCGGCUCGACGCCUACCUGCGCAAGCAGGACGUCUCAUUUGCCGCCAUCUCCGAGUACUCCUCGAACAAGGACAUCUCGCGGGCGCGGCAGGCCUUCUUCUCCGGCAAGAAGGCGUUCUUGCUCGUCACUGAGCGCUUCCACUUCUACCGGCGCUACGUGCUUCGCGGCGCCCAGACGCUCGUCUUCUACGCGCUGCCCGAGCGUCCGUCGUUCUACGCCGAGUUUCUCUCCUUCCCCUUCGCGCCGCGGCAGGCGCGUGCCGGCGCCGCUGCCGAGGACGACGACGAGGAGCCGGAGCUCGACGCCGCAGACGUCAGCGUGCUCGCGGCCUACUCGCGCUACGACCUCAUGCGCCUGCAGCGCAUCGUCGGCUCUGCGCAGGCGCAGCGUAUGGUCACGGAGGAGAAGAGCAACUGGCGGUUCACCUAGGCGGAGGCCAGGGCAAUGAGAUGCGCUG